AUGCGCCUCACCGUGCAGUGGCUGCCCGACGCGGCCCGACCAGAAGGAAAGGAUUAUUCUCUACACUGGCUGGUUUUGGGAACACACACAUCUGAUGAACAGAACCUCCUGGUUAUUGCAAGAGUCCAGAUUCCCAAAGAUGACCAGUUUGAUACUUCACAGUAUGACAGUGAGAAAGGAGAGUUUGGUGGCUUUGGAUCUGUGAGUGGCAAAAUUGAAACUGAGAUUAAAAUUAACCACGAAGGUGAAGUGAACCGUGCACGUUACAUGCUACAGAACCCCUGCAUUAUUGCUACAAAGACUCCUUCUGCUGAUGUGUUGGUAUUUGACUACGCCAAACAUCCCUCAAAACCAGACCCAAGUGGAGAGUGUAAUCCUGACCUUAGAUUAAGAGGGCACCAGAAGGAAGGCUAUGGUUUAUCAUGGAACUCAAAUCUCAGUGGACAUCUUCUCAGUGCAUCAGAUGAUCAUACUAUGUGUUUAUGGGAUAUAAGUGCUGGACCCAAAGAAGGCAAAGUUGUCAAUGCAAAGGCCAUCUUUACUGGGCACUCUGCAGUAGUAGAAGACGUGGCAUGGCAUCUGCUCCAUGAAUCCCUCUUUGGAUCUGUGGCAGAUGACCAGAAGCUUAUGAUUUGGGACACAAGGUCUAAUACCACAUCCAAGCCAAGUCAUUCUGUAGAUGCUCAUACAGCCGAGGUCAACUGUCUGUCCUUCAACCCUUACAGUGAGUUCAUUCUAGCAACUAGUUCUGCUGACAAGACAGUGGCUCUCUGGGAUCUUCGAAAUUUAAAAUUGAAGCUCCAUUCUUUCGAGUCUCAUAAAGAUGAAAUUUUUCAGGUUCACUGGUCUCCUCAUAAUGAAACAAUUCUCGCUUCAAGUGGUACUGAUCGUCGGCUUAAUGUAUGGGAUCUAAGUAAAAUUGGAGAAGAGCAGUCUGCAGAGGAUGCAGAAGAUGGGCCUCCUGAGCUCCUGUUUAUUCAUGGAGGACACACUGCCAAAAUUUCAGACUUCAGUUGGAAUCCUAAUGAGCCUUGGGUAAUCUGUUCUGUAUCAGAGGACAACAUAAUGCAGAUAUGGCAAAUGGCAGAAAACAUUUACAAUGAUGAAGAUCCAGAUAUAGCAGCAGCUGAACUGGAGAGUCAAGGAACAUAA